AUGCCCCCCAAAAAGCGCGUCCUCAUCUCCUACGGCGUCGACGUCGACGCCGUCGCCGGGUGGCUGGGCUCCUACGGUGGCGAAGACAGCGCCAACGACAUCAGCCGCGGCAUCUGGGCCGCAACGGUAGGAACGGAGCGUCUGCUGAAGAUGUUCGCCAAGUACGGCAUUCGCACGACUUGGUUUAUCCCGGGACACUCGCUGGAGUCGUUCCCCGAGGAGAUGGCGAAAGUGAGAGACGCGGGCCAUGAGAUUGGUUUGCAUGGCUAUUCGCAUGAGAAUCCGGUUGACAUGACCCGGGAGCAGCAGAGGGAUGUGUUGGAGAAAACGGUCGAUUUGCUUACGAAGUUCACGGGGAAGAGGCCGAGGGGGAGUGUGGCGCCUUGGUGGGAAACCGACGCCGAAGGCGUGGCUAUGCUUCAGGACUACGGCGUCGAAUAUGACCACAGUCUCAGUCACCACGAUUGCCAGGCUUAUUACCUGCGUACGGGCGACGAAUGGACGAAGAUUGACUACACGCAGAAGGCCGAAACGUGGAUGAAGCCUUUAGUCCCCGGGAAGGUGACCAGCCUUGUUGAAAUCCCGGGGAAUUGGUACAUCGAUGAUCUGCCGCCGAUGAUGUUCAUCAAGUCGGCGCCGAACAGUCAUGGGUUUGUCAACCCGCGCGAUGUCGAGGACAUUUGGCGCGACCAUUUCGAUUACUUCUACCGCGAGUAUGACGAGUUCGUGUUUCCGAUUUCGAUCCAUCCGGAUGUUUCGGGCAGACCGCAGGUUAUUUUGAUGCAUGAACGGUUGAUUGAGUAUUUUAAGUCGCAUGAUGGGGUGGAGUUUGUGGCUAUGGAGGUUAUUUGUGAUGAUUUUAAAAGGAGGAAUCCGGUUUAG